AGCCAAAAUCACAUUUCCAAGCCAUAUGCACUUCGUAUGAAUAAACUGCUCCUGUUGGGGUACUGUGUGUAAUGUGGUGUGAUCUCCCUUCUCCCCUUCCCCUCUAACUGAUCUUUCUGCACACAUUUGUAGGAGAAGACCAGUGCCCUCAGUCUGAGCAACGUAGCAGGAGUCUUCUACAUUCUCGUCGGGGGACUUGGUUUGGCAAUGCUGGUGGCUUUGAUUGAGUUCUGUUACAAGUCAAGAGCUGAGGCGAAACGAAUGAAGGUGGCAAAGAAUGCACAGAAUAUUAACCCAACUUCCUCGCAGAAUUCACAGAAUUUUGCAACUUAUAAGGAAGGUUACAACGUAUAUGGAAUCGAAAGUGUUAAAAUUUAGGGGAUGACCUUGAAUGAUGCCAUGAGGAGCAAGGCAAGGCUGUCAAUUACAGGAAGUACUGGAGAAAAUGGACGUGUUAUGACUCCAGAGUUUCCAAAAGCAGUGCAUGCAGUACCUUACGUGAGUCCUGGCAUGGGAAUGAAUGUCAGUGUGACUGAUCUCUCGUGAUUGAUAAGAACCUUUUGAGUGCCUUACACAAUGGUUUUCUUGUGCGUUUAUUGUCAAAGUGGUGAGAGGCAUCCAGUAUCUUGAAGACUUUUAUUUCAGCCAAGAAUUCUUAUAUUUGUGGAGUUCAUCUUGGAUUGUAAUGAAUGCUUAGUUCAAAACACAACACCAUUUUCUACACAAGUUCAAGAUGAAGCUUGACUGACAUGCACAGCUAACAUGGAAGUACUGUAAUCUAACUGAAGUCGUUGUACAGGCAGCACACCAGUUUCUGCAGCCACUGUUGUUAGUCCCUUGGUUCAUAUUGACUUAAGCACACUUGACAUCAAUUGC